AUUUGAAACACCCAUUCCUAUUUGAACCGUCCAUUCCUAUUUGAAGCAGCUUGCUCCCUAUGCUCUAUAGUCCUACCUAGUACCCACGUAGGUCCUUGACGCCUCAAACCAUAUAUUCGUCCAGGCCAGCCACCACGGCACGCUGAAACCAUGUUUGGCUUCUCCCCCUUCAUUGCCGUGCCCGUGGCAGUUGCUGGACUCGGCGUCCUCGCGGCCGUAUACAACCUCUUCUACAACCUCUUCCUGCACCCCCUGCGCGGGUACCCGGGGCCGUGGCUAUGGCGAGCCUCACAAAUCCCGUAUAACAAAGCGUGGCUGUCGGGGCGGGGCCCGGCGAUCCUGACGCGGGUGCACGAGCAGUACGGCGACGUGGUACGCGUGGCGCCGGACCGGCUCAGCUACACGCACCCAGACGCGUGGGACGACAUCCGCGGGCACCGCAAGGGCGGCCACGGCGAGAACGGAAAGGACGGCAACUUCUACGCCUACUCGGUCAACAACAUCCUCGGCGCCUCCCGCGAGAAGCACUCCCGCUACCGCCGCAGCCUGGCCCACGGCUUCUCUGCCAGAUCCAUGCAGGACCAGCAGCCGCUCAUCGCCCAGUACGUCGACCUCUUGUUCACCCGCCUGCGCGCGCACACAGCUGCCAGUCCGUCGUUGGCCGACGACAACGAGCACGCCACGGCCGCGGCCGCCGACGGCAGCGCCAUUGUUGAUCUGGCGGCCUACUUCAACUUCGCUACCUUCGACAUCAUCGGGGACCUGGCCUUUGGCGCGCCCUUCGACUGCCUCGCCGGCGAGCAGUACCACGGCUGGGUCGAAGCCAUCUUCCAGUCGGUCGAGCAGUUCGGCAUGCUGCUGUCGCUGCGCCGCCACGCCCCGUGGCUGCUCAAGCUGCUGGUGCGCGCCAAGGUCCUCGGCGGCGGCCAGGCCUGGCAGGCCGCGUACGCGCGCGACCUCGUCCACCAGCGCCUGCAGCUCGAGACAAGCCGCCCAGACUUUGUCGGCGCGCUGGGCGCCGCCGGCGUGCAGGACGACGAUCUGCGCCCGCUGUCGGCGACCGAGAUCGCCGAGAACAUGCGCCUAGUAGUGCUAGCCGGCAGCGAGACCACGGCCACGGCGCUGUCGGCCGCCGCGUACUAUGUGGCGACGCUCCCGGACGUGCAGCGCCGGCUGGCGGCCGAGGUGCGCGCCGCCUUCGCCGCCGAGGCCGACAUCGAUUUUUUCUCGGUCAACGCCCUGCCCUACAUGCUCGCCGUGCUCAACGAGGCCAUGCGCCUGUUCCCGCCCGUGCCGACGCCGCUGCCGCGCGACUGCCAGCCGGGGGGUGAUACCAUCUGCGGCCGAUAUACGGGCCUCGACAUCUGGCCCCAGGCCAUGUUCCACAGCUCGCGCAACUUCACGUCACCUGAGAAGUUCCUCCCCGGGCGCUGGCUUGACGACGACAGCACUGCUUCUGCAGAAGACAGGACGGCCCACAAGAUCGAAGUAAACAAGGCCAGACAGCACGCCUUCCAGCCCUUCUCCGUCGGGCCGCGCAACUGCAUCGGGAAGAACCUGGCCUACGUCGAAAUGCGCCUGAUCCUCGCGCGCCUUAUCUGGAACUUUGACCUCGCGCUUGCAGACGCCGCCGACGAGAAGCGCUGGCUCGAUGCUUGCCGCUCCUUUAAUCUCACCAUGAAGGGUCCGUUGAAGAUCCGCCUGACGCCGGUGAAGAGGUCUUGAGGGUUUGUGUGGUGCGGCUGGCCGCGGAUGGGACGGAAAGGGAACAUAGCAAUGAUUCAGCGACUCACGGUUCAGAAAAUUUGUUGCUGGAAGUAGUUGUAAUUAUGUGGCUGCCGUUAGUUUACGGAAUACGGAGUAGCUGGGUGUAAUACUGAAAGUGUUCCCUCAAGGUUAGGUUCUUUGUGUGGAGCGGUGGCGGUUGGCUUCAGGGCCUCUUUCGAGCUAAAAAUUGCAAUGCAAGUCGACGAUAUGUACCUGAUGACUGCGAUGCUAGGUGCGGGGUAAACCCUAACCCUGAGGAUAAUCAUCUGGGUUCUCAGUACUUCUUACCGCAUCAAACUC